GUGUUGUCGAGAGCGCGCUCCUGUUAGUGCACGUAGAAGCGUGGGAAAGCGCGCGCGUAGCCUUGAUCAGCGGAAAGAGGCAGUUCGGUUAACGCGGGAGUGUGGGGCUUUGGUUACGUACUGUCGGAAACAUUGUGAACUUGGCAGCUCUGAGUAGGCCUGCAGAAUAUUACAACGAGUGGUUGCGUAAUCUGCGCAAAGACGUGGUCUCUUUUUGUGGUUUUACUGGUGGUUUUCGAGACAACGGAGUAAAACUGUUGGGCAGAUGGCGGUGAACUUGGAUAAAGAUGCCUACUAUCGUAGGAUCAAGCGGUUUUAUAGUAACUGGAAGAAAGGCGAAGAUGAGUAUGCCGGUGUUGAUGCCAUUGUCGUUUCAGUGGGAGUCGAUGAAGAAGUUGUCUACGCUAAAUCUACAGCACUUCAGACGUGGCUUUUUGGUUAUGAGCUGACUGACACCAUCAUGGUCUUCUGUGAAGAUAAAAUAGUUUUCAUGGCUAGUAAGAAAAAGGUGGAGUUUCUCAAACAGAUUGCCAACACCAAAGGGAAUGAAAAUGCCAAUGGGGUGCCAGCCAUAGUAUUGCUGGUGCGAGAAAAGGUAGACAUCAGUGCAGCUGUUGCAUACACAAUUGCAGUAAAGGAGGACUCUGAGAUGAAUUUGAUGAAGAAAGCUGCUGGGAUCACCACAGAGGUCUUCAACAAGUUCUUCAAAGAGAAAGUUAUGGAGAUAGUCGAUCAAGAUGAGAAAAUACGUCACAGUAAGUUGGCUGAACUUGUGGAAAAAGCAAUUGAAGAAAAGAAGUACCUCUCUGGAGCAGAUCCAUCUAUGGUUGAGAUGUGCUACCCUCCCAUUAUUCAGAGUGGAGGUACCUACAAUCUGAAGUUCAGUGUAGUCAGUGAUAAAAAUCAUAUGCAUUUUGGUGCAAUUACAUGUGCUAUGGGAAUCAGAUACAAGUCUUACUGCUCCAACUUGGUUCGCACUUUGAUGGUGGACCCUACACCUGAGAUGCAAGAGAACUACAACUUUCUGCUAAAUUUGGAGGAACUUUUGCUGAAGGAGCUGAAACAUGGUGCUAAGAUAUGCGAUGUGUACAACACUGUUAUGAAUACAGUGAAGAAAGAGAAGCCAGAUCUGAUGAGCAGGAUUACAAAAAAUCUUGGGUUUGCUAUGGGUAUUGAGUUUCGGGAAGGCUCUCUUGUCAUCAACAGCAAAAACCAAUACAAGCUGAAGAAAGGGAUGGUGUUCAGCAUUAAUGUUGGCCUUUCAGAAAUGGUAAAUAACAGUGCCAAGAAGACAGAAGACAAGGUUUAUGCUGUCUUUAUUGGGGACACAGCUAUAGUCAAUGAGGAGGGACCUGCUACUGUUUUAACACCAGUUAAGAAGAAGGUGAAGAAUAUUGGGAUUUUUCUUAAGAAUGAAGAUGAAGAGGAGGAAGAGGAGGAGAAUAAUGAAGCUGAAAAUUUACUUGAAAAAGGCGCAAGAGCAGCUCUUUUAACGGAGAGAACAAGGAAUGAAAUGACAGCUGAGGAGAAAAGGCGAACCCAUCAAAAGGAACUAGCAAAUCAGCUGAAUGCAGAGGCGAAGAGGAGGCUUACAGAGCAGAAAGGAGAACAAGCAAUUCAGAAAGCUCGCAAAUCCAAUGUUUCUUACAAGAAUGCUUCACUUUUACCUAAAGAGCCAGAAAUACGGGAGAUUAAACUUUACAUUGAUAAAAAGUACGAGACUGUUAUCAUGCCAGUGUUUGGAAUUGCCACUCCUUUCCAUAUUGCAACAAUCAAAAACAUCAGUAUGUCGGUAGAAGGAGACUACACCUACCUCCGAAUCAAUUUCUAUUGCCCUGGUAGUGCACUUGGCAGAAAUGAGGGUAACAUCUUCCCAAACCCAGAUGCCAUUUUUGUCAAAGAAAUUACAUACAGAGCUUCAAAUUUGAAGGUACCUGGAGAGCAGACAGUUCCUGCCACUAACCUUCAGAAUGCUUUCAGAAUCAUAAAGGAAGUGCAAAAACGGUACAAAACAAGAGAGGCAGAAGAGAAAGAAAAAGAGGGCAUUGUGAAGCAAGAUUCCCUGGUGAUCAACAUGAAUAGGAGUAAUCCUAAGCUAAAGGAUUUAUAUAUUCGUCCUAAUAUUGCUCAGAAAAGAAUGCAGGGAUCUCUCGAGGCACAUGUCAACGGUUUCAGGUUCACAUCGGUACGAGGUGAUAAAGUCGACAUCUUGUACAACAACAUCAAGCACGCCAUAUUUCAGCCGUGUGACGGAGAAAUGAUCAUUGUUCUACACUUCCACCUCAAGAAUGCUAUUAUGUUUGGUAAGAAGCGACACACAGAUGUACAGUUUUACACUGAAGUUGGUGAAAUUACUACAGACCUGGGCAAACACCAGCACAUGCAUGACAGAGAUGACCUUUAUGCAGAACAGCUGGAAAGAGAAAUGAGACACAAGCUUAAAACAGCAUUCAAGAAUUUCAUUGAAAAAGUCGAAUCCUUAACAAAGGAUGAACUGGAGUUUGAAGUACCUUUUAGAGAAUUGGGGUUCAGUGGCGCACCUUACCGAAGUACCUGUCUACUGCAACCCACGAGCAGUUCACUGGUCAACACAACUGAAUGGCCUCCUUUUGUCGUAACGCUGGAUGAAGUCGAACUUGUCCAUUUUGAGAGAGUGCAGUUCCACUUGAAGAACUUUGACAUGGUGAUCAUUUACAAGGACUACAGCAAGAAAGUGACCAUGAUUAAUGCCAUUCCUGUUGCCUCCCUUGACCCUAUCAAAGAGUGGCUUAACUCCUGUGACAUCAAGUACACAGAGGGAGUACAGUCACUGAACUGGACUAAAAUCAUGAAAACUAUCUUAGAUGACCCAGAGGGUUUCUUCGAGCAGGGUGGCUGGAGUUUCUUGGAACCUGAUAGUGAGGGUAGUGAGGCAGAGAAUGAGGGUUCAGAGUCUGAAAUAGAGGAUGAGACGUUCCAACCUUCUGAUGAUGAUGAUGAGGAGGAGGAGGAAGACAGUGAUGAAGAUUAUUCGUCAGUGUCUGAGGAUUCAGAGUAUAGUGCCUCUCUAGGUAGUGAUGAAGAAAGUGGGAAGGAUUGGGACGAGCUUGAAGAAGAGGCAAGAAAAGCUGACCGAGAAAGCAGGUAUGAGGAAGAGGAGGAGCAGAAGCAUAACAAACGAAAAGGCUCAGGACAGAGCUCUGCUCCACCCAAGAAAAAAAAGAAGUAAUCUUGAAACUUUACUGGCUGAACUUUACCCACUCGCUCAGUGGGUCACAGACUGUGUUUUCACACCAAAUAGUGACUUAUUGAUUCUAGUUUUCUUUAUGUUCACAAGUUUAUGGACCAAACAAGUUGACAGUUCCAAACCCAGACCUUCUUGAGUUUGUGUUCUAGAAAACUGCAUCUUGCUCUGACAUGGUUACAAAUGUGUGGAUAUGCUCUCUGCUGUCCAUUUAAAGACUCUUGCUUUUUUGAGAGCCACGUGAGCUGUGUCCACUGUCAGUACAGAGUUUGUUUCCUAUACAUCUGCCUUUUUUUCCUUUGAUGGAAAAUUCUGAUACGAGAGUUGCUUAUUUUAUGUGCAAGGCUGGAAAGCACAUUUAAUGGCCAGGUACCUCAUUGAGAGGAGUGUACAGACUUCUGUCUCGGAUUGUCAUUCAGUGUUCAUACUGAUUAUCUGCAGAUUUUUUUUUGUCAGAUAUCUCAUCUUCCCCACCCCAUGUUUUGUUAACUCUGAUAAUUUUGAAAGAGCAACAUUCUAUUGAAAUGUUUUCUUUUAAUGGGACUUUCUGCAGCUUUUGAAAGUGAACAGUACUUGACUUUGCUACUACUCAAUUACUUUACGUUUGAGGGUCAUUUAGAAAGCCCUCAUUCCUGUUUACUUUGCGUCAUUGUACUGCAGUCAGAUGACCUAUGGACAGAUUUUAUUGGAAGUGUUUUAUAACUGCUGAUCUCAGUCAGUGCCAGUUUCCUUGGUAUAUGUAGUUUGGACUGUGUGUGUCCCCCGCAUAUGCAGUAUGCCUAGUCACACCGGACAGGGAGGAAAUAGACUGGUGUCACUUGCUGUAAAAUAAAGUAGGAUGUUUUCCUGUAUUUUGGUGGGCAUGAAUUCAAAUAAAGGUAGAUGGCAGUCUUUUCUGUGGAUGAGAUGGUGCAUAUCUAGCAAUUAUAGCAAAUUUACAGACUGUACAUUUUUUAUAUUUGUUCUUUGUGCUAUAUUUAUCAUUUUGUUUGCUGAAUUAGACUAUUUUAACUUUAUCGCCCAUCACCCCAUUUCACUUGGGAUGAGUAAAACCUAUGCUGCAGAUUAUUGUCUGUAUAAAAAUUUGUCUUAUGCAGAUUUUCUUAGAUGUUAUUACAAAUGCCAUUUUCACCUUUGGAAAAGAAAACAAUAAAAAUGGGUUUUUGUACGUAAA